AUAAAGCCAGUGCGUUCGUCUCGAAGGCAGACAACUGAUCAUACACAAAUCUGUGCAAAAUGAACAGGGUUAAAGUUCUGCAGGCCUGGCUGUGGUGUGUGUCUCUGUGGCCGUGCUGGCUUUCUCACGCCGUUCCUCUGGACUGCAAAGACGAGACCGGAUCCCUCAUCCAAUGCACUUCAAUCUCUCAAGAGAAACUUCUAGAUCGCGUCAUCCAACACGCAGAGCUCAUCUACCGCGUCUCUGAAGAGUCCUGUACUCUGUUUGAGGAUAUGUUUGUCCCGUACCCUCUGUAUGCUUUGAGGAAUCAGGGAGGAACCAUGUGUCACACCAAACCCUUCCCCAUCCCAGGCUCCAAGACUGAGAUUCAGCAGAUUUCGGAUAAAUGGCUGCUUCACUCGGUCCUGAUGCUGGUGCAGUCAUGGAUGGAACCCUUCGUCUAUCUGCAAACCACUCUUAACCGUUACGAUGACGCCCCGGACGCUCUGCUCAACAAGACCAAGUGGGUGUCUGAUAAACUGCUCAGCCUGGAGCAGGGGGUGGUGGUCCUCAUCCGCAAGAUGCUGGAUGAAGGGAUCCUGACGCCGUCCAUCUUCGAGCACACGCUGACCCCAGACGAUGAACCGUCCCCAGAGAUCCCAGAGUCCGUCCUCAGGGACUACAACCUGCUCAUCUGCUUCAAGAAGGACGCCCACAAGAUGGAGACCUUCCUCAAGCUACUCAAGUGCCGUCAGAGCAACAAGCUCAGCUGCCUUUCCUACUAAACCAGCAUCUCAUCUCAUCUCAGAAGAAAAAGCUUUAUUUUGAAGAAUCGAAUGUGCACGUUGACUUGGCAGUAGUUACCGUAGUUAGCAAGAUUAAAUGAGAUCCCUGUGUGAAAGCCAGAAGUGACUUUAUUCAGUGUAACGUGAAGAGAACAGAAGAAGAGUCGCACCGCUCUCACACACAUCUGCACUGGUUGUCCUCCUUUCUCUACCGAACUUGAGUUUGUUUGCAAUACAGACUCCACGUCGUCUUUUAAUGUCUCUCCUGGUCUCUGGUGUGUUGGCAGGCGUGUGUGUGUGUGUGUUUUCUUAUAGUUGAGAUGGUUUUACCUUUGUAUUAGUUAGAUGAAAAAGCUCUUGAUGCAGAAAUAUGCUAAUUAAGCCACGAAGCGGAUCGUGAAUGUUUCCUGUGUGUGUGUGUGUGUGUGUGUGUGUGUGUGUGUGUGCGUGUGUAUGUGUCUGUGUGUGCGUGUGUGUGUGUGUGUUGUGGGCUGAGGGAUUUGUUCUAGGAGAGAAAAAGCUUUACUUUAUGUAUGAAUAUAGUGGAAAUGUACAUGAGAUAUGACACAAGAUAAAAAUCUAACUACUGGAUGGACAAAGAAUGAGAGCAGACUGAUUGAAUAAUACAAAGUGUGUAUGCAAAAAAAAAAAAAAAAAAAAAAAAAAAGUUUUGCGUAUAUGCAGAUUUUUUUCUUUAUCUUUUUCACAUUCUACUUAUCUGUGUAAAUAAAAGCAGGCAUAAAA